AUGGUCGCUAAGUUCGUCGUAGUUCUCGCCCUGGUGGCUGUGGCUCACAGCUCAGUCCUAGUAAAAGUAGACGGCGACUCGUCCAGCUUCUCCUACGACGUAGCCGACCCCAACACUGGCGACUACAAGAGCCAAUCCGAAACCCGCGUCGGAGGAAACGUGGUUGGACAGUACUCCUUGGUCGACCCCGAUGGCACCCAGAGGAUCGUAGACUACACUGCUGAUGAUGUCAACGGAUUCAACGCGGUUGUACGCAAGGAACCUUUGGUAGCCGCUAAGACUGUGGUUGCCGCGACUCCUGUGGUUGCUACUACUCCCGUUGUUGCUUCCGCACCCGCGGUUGUUGCCGCCCGCACCGUAUCUUCUGCUUUGGUUGCCUCCCCCACCGUGUACGCCUCAUCUUCUCCAGUAGUCACUGGUUCAUACGUUACACCCUCAGUGUACAGUGCGUAUCCUUCAGUGUACAACACCGUGCCUUCAGUAUACAGAUCAGUGCCUUCCGUGUACAACUCCGUCCCCUCCGUCUACAGCUCCGUACCCUCUGUCUACAGCUCCGUACCUUCAGUUCCCUCCCUUGCCUACAGUUCCCUCUCAGGUUACGCGUCUCCUUACUACUCAACCUACGGAUGGUCCAACCCUCUGGGUUACUCAGCUUACGGCUACCCUUCCAACUACUGGGUAAAGUAA